AUGGUAACACAGCCCUACUCUCUUCUGUCUGACAUGUUUAAAUGCCCUCCUCUAUUUCUAUUCUGUCUGACAUGUUUAAAUGGUAACACAGUCUUACUCUGUUUUGCUUUAUUUUGUCUGAUUACAGGCGACGACGAUUCUGUUGCGAGACUUCUACAGCAGCGUGUUAAAGUGUUGUGUUACAUAAUGACAAGUCCUAAGAACCUGAAAGAGAAAACCAUCCACGUGAAAAACACGUGGACAAAACGAUGUGACAAAGUUGUGUUCAUUAGUUCCGUCACGGACACGUCGUUCCCCACCAUCGGGGUUAACGUUAGUGAAGGGCGCGGUCACCUCACUGAGAAAACCAUGAAAGCGUUUCAGUACAUCUACCAACAUCACCUGGACGAAGCUGAUUGGUUCCUGAAGGCGGAUGAUGAUACCUACGUCAUACUGGAAAAUCUACGUUAUCUGUUAGAGCCGUAUUCCCCAAACGACCCGGUUUACUUCGGACACCAUUUCAAGACGUUGGUUAAACAAGGUUACUACAGUGGGGGAGCCGGAUAUGUCCUGAGUAAGGAGGCUCUGCGCAGACUCGUGGUAAAAGGGAUUCCUUCCGGAAAGUGUACGAUUGAAGGAUUUGAUGAGGACGUCAACGUGGGUAAAUGUAUGGAGUACUUAGGUGUGAGAACAACCAAUAGUACAGACAGCCAUGGGAGAAGUCGAUUCCAUUGUCUCCAGCCCUGGUCCCACCUGAUGGGGCAAUACCCGGAAUGGUAUUACAGAUAUGACGCAAAUGGAGCCAGAUAUGGCCAGGACAGCCUCAGUGAUUAUGCUAUAUCGUUCCACUAUCUAAAACCUUGGUUUAUGUAUGCUUUUGAAUAUGCUGUGUAUCAUCUGCGACCUUACGGCAUCAAAAUGGCGGAUAGCGAAUGAGGAAACGGCAGAAGUGUGAUACAUCUGAAAAUGACCGGUGGAUAUUAUUGUAUAAUCAUACAAAUUGUUAGAGAACUUGAAUAUAUAUCUAUCGCUAGAAAGUUCUAAAACUGUAUAAUGUUUAAAUGUUAUUUAAUUAUGUUAAAUAUUGUUAAAAAAAGAAGAUAAUUAAGGUUUCUCCUCUAGGCAGUCCAUACCCUUGACACAUAUUAUAUAGACCGUUGGUAAACAAUUCGUGCCAAGUCUCGGUGUUCCUGUUUGAUGAUUAUUAUCAAUGAGUUAAUAAUCAAGUAGUACCAUAGGAGAAUGUUGUUCAACAUAAUGAUUCGAAAAGCGGAGUGAAACAAAAAGUUUCAAAAUUCAAAUUAGUCUUUGCUUGCAAUCUGGCAGUGUUCCAAAAGCUACAUGAUGCGACUUACAAAGUAAAGAUCCUUAUUAGACAGGUUUCCGGCAUAGACACCACCACAUUCGGUCUCUAAUAUAGCAGUAACAGUAAGUAGUUAUCUUUUUCGUUGAGCGUUUCAUUUACAUUUAUAUGUUAUAAUAUUUAUUUGAAAGACUAUAACAUAUAAAUGUAAAUGUAAAAGAAACGCUCAACGAAAAAGAUUUAUUAGGCUAUCGCAAUACUUAAGCGAUGGCGGAUUCAAUUUCUUUCAGAUCAACUAUUCAUUUUUAAAUUUAUUGUUUUCCUGUUAACAUGUUCUGUAACCUUCAUGCAAUUGGAGGAAAUAGAGGAUAUCUAACAGUGUCUUCAGUAAUACCAAAUAUAUUUCACGA